AUGACGUCGCGAAAAACUCAACAAGAAAUCGACAAGACCUUCAAGAAGGUCGCCGAAGGUAUCCAAUCGUUCGAGGGCAUCUACGAGAAGAUCCGAUCGGCCACCAAUCCCACCCAGCGCGAUAAACUGGAGGAGAACCUGAAGCGCGAGAUCAAGAAGCUCCAACGGUAUCGCGAUCAGAUCAAAUCAUGGGCAUCCGGGAACGAAGUUAAGGAUAAAGGCCCGCUGCUGGAACAGCGCCGCGCCAUCGAAACGUGUAUGGAGCAGUUCAAGGCGGUGGAGAAAGAAAUGAAGACCAAGGCCUACUCCAAAGAAGGGCUGUCGGCGGCUUCGCGACUCGAUCCCAAGGAGAAGGAGAAGGUGGAGACGUGCGAUUUCCUUUCGAACAUGGUGGACGAACUGCAACAGAAGAUCGAGGCCAUGGAGGCCGAGGAAGAGACCCUACAUAUGCAGGUGAAGAAGGGCAAGAAGGACGUCACCAAGACCAACCGGUUAGCGGACCUCGGCCGCUUAACAGAGCGUCAUAAAUGGCACGUCAGUCGACUCGAGCUCCUCCUCCGCGCGCUACAGAACGGCAACGUCGACACGAAUCAGGUGUUAGAUCUGAAAGAGAGCAUCAAGUACUACGUCGAGGAUGGGCAUAACGUGGACUACUCGGGCGAGGACGAGACGCUCUACGAUGACUUGAACCUGGACGGCGACGCUGAGAUCCAGUUCGGCAUUACGGGCGACAAUGACCGGGUAUCUUCGCAGGACACGCAGUCGGUCCAGGAGGACGAGACCGACACGAAACCCAAGUCCACCAAGAGCGAGUCGACAGGACCCCGCCGACCGUCCGCCCAGAUGAAAUCCCCGCUACCGGUGCUGGCGACGCUACAUCCAUCGACAUCCACGAGCGCGACAUCGGGCAUGAAACCUGCUCCACCGCCGACACGCCUGCCGGGGGAGACGCUCAAGUAUGCCUCCGCUGCCGCUGCCGCCGCGGCGAGUGACAAGAAUGGCGUGGGCAUUGCUCCUCUUCCUCCUCCACCGGGCGCCAGUCCGGCGUUCCACCAUGUGCUCCCAGCCUCUCGAGCCGCUUCCUCGACCGCCUCACCGAGCGUGACCCCGGCGCAACUGGUUUCAAGGCAAACCUCGGCGACAGAAGAACGAUCGAAAACGCCGGGCGUCAGCCCGCAGGUGGCCCCAACCACGACCUCGAAUAACCGGGCUUCCACCCCGGCAACGGACAGGGCGGAUGCGUCGACCACAGCCUCGAAGGAGCCGGCGUCGGUGAACGGGGACACGAGCAAGGAAGACGGGCAGGAGAACGGCGAAUCGAUCUACCACCUCCCUCCAGGGCUGCAGGAUCUGAUCCAUUCGUUCGAGGUGACCAAGACGCGGUCGACGACGACUGCGAUGAACCCGCCGCCGUCAGUGCAACGACUCCUGGCGGCGUCGCUCACGACCUGCCCGGAACCCGCCGAUGCCGAGAAGCCGCGCCAUUACAAGCCCCAGAACCCCUACACGACGCCUCUGUACUACCCUCAGGAGCCGCUUCCGAUAUUCGACGAUCCACGGCUGUACGAUACGGGACGGAUUGACACGGACACGUUGUUCUAUCUGUUCUACUACCGACAGGGCACGUAUCAGCAGUUUUUGGCGGCCAAGGCGCUCAAGAAUCAGAGCUGGCGAUUCCACAAGCAGUACCAGACGUGGUUCCAGCGACAUGAGGAGCCCAAGACAAUCACCGAGGAGUUUGAGCAAGGCACGUAUCGGUUCUUUGAUUACGAGAGUACAUGGAUGAACCGACGCAAGGCCGAUUUCAAGUUUGUUUACAAGUAUCUAGAGGAUGAGUUAUAA